UUGAGACAGUGACAGCCAGAUAGAGUCGGGUGUCUGUCCUUUGCACACCGCGACUACCUGGUCAGAAGAUUUGGAUUAAGACUAAUGAACUGGGGGUAAAAUAAUCUCCACGGGAGUGUUUACGAGACGUCUCAUUGUCUCGCUGAGGGAUUUUUUUUUCUUGUCACGCGUCUGAGGACAACAGACGAUGCCUGUCCGGAGAUACUUUGUCGCUUUUUCCAAAUGCACAGUUCUUGUCUCUCUGAGGAUUUUGCUUCUUAUGCCUGCAGGGUUGCCGGUCCGCAGCCAAGGGGAUUCUCAGUCUGACAACAAAGUGAUGGACAAUAUCACCGUCCGACAAGGAGAAACGGUCUUUCUCAGGUGUGAACAGGAGGAUGUUGUCACGCACACAGCAUGGCUAAACCGGUCGAGUAUACUGUUUGCCGGAGAAGAGAAGUGGUCCGUGGAUCCCAGAGUGAGUCUGGUGACCCUUAAUCAGGAGGAGUUUACAAUCAAGAUUGAAAACGUGGACAUGACAGAUGAAGGGCAGUAUGUGUGCGCAGUCCAGACAAGCAGUCGACCAAGAACAACCUCAGUUCACAUCCUUGUCCAAGUGCCACCAAAAAUCAUCAACCUGUCCAGAGAUAUCGUGGUAAACGAAGGCUCCAACAUCACCCUGCUGUGCCAAGCCAGUGGCAAACCAGAACCUUCUGUCAGCUGGAAACUCAUCUCCAAUUUAGGGGACCUGAUGUCAGACGAUGAGUUCCUGGAAAUCCCAUCUAUCUCCAGACAGCGAGCAGGGACGUAUGAAUGCACAGCUGUCAAUGAAAUCGACACAGAUGUGCAGACUGUAGACAUCACCGUCAACUAUGCUCCAACUGUGUCAGAGGGCAGAGAUGUUGGAGUGACUCUGGGCCAGAGAGGAGUGCUGGAGUGUGAGGCCGAUGCAGUGCCUGAGGCAGAUUUUGAAUGGUACAAAGAUGACAGAAGAAUCUUCAGUGGUCUGGAUGGCAUGGAGAUUGCCAACACUGGAUCGCUGUCAAAGCUCACAUUUUUUAAUGUGACUGAUGCCGAUUAUGGAAACUACACCUGUGUCGCCAUAAAUAAACUUGGGAGCUCAAACACAAACUUUCUUCUGUAUGUGGUAAUUGAACCCACUAGCUCAACACUAUUGCAAGGACCGAGAGCAGUUCAGGAUGGCAGCGGUGGCGCAGUGGGAGUGUACUCUCACACCUGUCUCCUCCUCAUUGCCUUCAUCCCCUUCCUGCUCUGGUUUUGAAGAGGAUUGGAUUUGAAAAGCAGUAUUUUGUGUGCAAGUGUUUGUGUGCAGGAGUGUGAGUGCGUGUGUGUGAUUCUUUUUUUUUUUUUUUUUUUCUUGAACCGGAAACAUGAACUGAUGCACAGUGAGUGCAUGAAGCAUCCUGAAGCAUCAUGCAACAUCCUGCAUUGAUGUUGACCCACUAAAUAAGUACAGAAUACGUUUCUAUUGUUUCUGUCUUUCUAGAUUUUAAGAAUGUUUCUCCCUUUAAUUGAAUUUAUUUGUCAAAAUCCUCCUCAAAAUAAUGUUAUCCUGAACAUAUCAAAAUACAAAAUAUUUUUUAAAUGUGGACUUAAUGAUUCAAAUGUAUUCAAAUGGAUAUGUCUUACUUUGAACCAUGUUACAUAGUCAUUUCAACUCCAAGAAAAAGACAAAUUUACUGCAAAUGUGUGAGGUGAAUGUGAAAAACCUCAAAGUCAGACUAAGACAGUGAAGCAGAGGGAAUUGAGGUUACCCUGAGACUGAAAGCCUGGUAUUAGCAUAUUUUAAUGUAUAAUAAUUAUCAUUCAGUCUGUUUGAUAAAGGCAGAACUGUUUUUGACCGUAAAGUAUUUUCCUUCUCAACGUCAUAGUAAUAUAUUUGAAGUUGUGUUAUGCUAAUCUUUCUCACUUUAAUUUUUCAAAUAUAUUUAGUUUUAAAUAUGUUUGGGAAGGGAAAAUAUGAAGUUGUAAUUAUUUACAAACUAUCUAGUUUUCUGUCUUUGUUGUCUUUUGAUUUUUCUUCACCGGCACCAGUUGUACACAAAAAAGAAAAAACAAAGGUGUUGAAAAUAAUUCUGUUAGAUUUAAACUAGUGGGAAAAGGUUAACUAAAGUAAUGCAAAUGAAUUAAUGCCGUUGCUACUUGUUUGACAUCUUGUUUAAAAAAAAAAAAAAAAACGAAAAAAAAAAACCUGUUCAUGUUUUAAACUGGCAUUUGAGGGUUUGAGUCCGAUCAGUUAGAGCCUGUUAACAGAAAAUAAACGUGUUUGCAUGUACUUAGACACAAAUAACCCAAAGACUUAAACAGUUCUUACAAAACAAAGUAUUUUUUGUUCUGUUUUGAAAAGUUUUUUUCUCCUAAACAAGAGGUGGCAAAAUGUUCAGAGUAGGGAUGCACGAUAUUAGAUUUUUGGCCGAUAUCAGAUAUGCCAAUAUUUUUACUACUCAUUUGAUCGAUACUGAUACCGAUACUGAUACUGAUAUUGAUACUGAGACAAAUCCCCCCCCCCCCCCCCUUCACACACACACAUUUAUUUGAAGAAAUGAUCAAGUUUCCUUUAUUGUGGAAUUAAAAUACAGUGUUAUUCUGUCUACUCUUUGUCAUGUUGGCCUGUUGGCAAAUGUAGACAUCAACAAACGCUGGAUGAUGAUGUCAUAUUCACUUCUUGUGCAAAAUGAAAGUUUUUCAACUUGGAUUAUGUACAUGUCAAAUUUAAUCGUGAAAAUUGUUUUUAAAUAAAACAAGUAAUUUAUG